CGAGGGUGUCAUUUUUGACGAGCCCGAGAACGGACCGAGAGGAAAGCAAGGGAGUGUGCGGAGCAAACGACUUGCUCCUUCCUCCUCCGCUUACUGGUCUUCGUCGUCGUUGUCGUCGUCUCUCCGCGUCUCCGUAAGGGAAAGGGUGGAAGGUGGUGGUCGCGCCUCCUGUUCCCUCCCCGAUCUCCGCCUUGCUGCCCCGCGAUUCUGACUUCGGCUUCGGUUCCCUUUCUCUUCUCCCCUCUCGAUCGAGUGAACUUUUUCUUCUUGGAGUUGGGGUGUAGCUAUGGUGAAUUCGGGAGGCAAUCGGACUAGUUUUUGAUCGGUGAUUCUUGGAAGGAGCGGAAAAUAGUGGUUGAUUCUGUGGAUUUUAUGUUCUUUUGUUCUUUAUGUCCGUGGAUUUCGUUAGAAAGUUGAGAUUUUUGGGUGCAAAAUGCGGCGGAGACAAGUCCCCUUACAAAGAAUGAUUUGAUUCUAGGUUAUUGGAUUUGCAUUGAAGCUUGAAUUUAGAGGGUCUGCGUGAAAAUUGAGUCUUCGUGCAUCGGAGAGAGUUUUUUGGAUUAGAGAUGUUGGAAGGCCCCAAAUUUCCCGGCAUCUUGGGCAGCGGUGGGGGGAUCGAUAUUGGGAGCAGUUUCUAUGAUACCGCGUACUACCGGAAGCUUGGGGAGGGCUCCAACAUGUCGAUUGACAGCAUCAACAGUAUGCAGACUAGCGUCAAUGGCGGGUCCAUGGCCAUGUCGAGGGACGCCAGUAGUGUCGGGUCGAGUGACUCGCGUACUGGCAUCCUCAGCCACCCCGGGCUCCGCCAGGUUCCCACCCCGAAUUACUCCGUAAACCACAGCGUCAUACGACCAGGCAGGGUCAAUCCGGGCCUGACGGAUGAUGCAUUGGUACAGGCCCUGAUGGAUACACAACACCCGACAGAGACCCUACAGGGUUACGAGGAGUGGACUAUCGAUCUUUAUAAGCUCAACAUGGGAAUGCCCUUUGCUCAGGGGGCUUUUGGGAAGCUCUACAAGGGCACCUACAAUGGAGAAGAUGUCGCUAUUAAGCUGCUAGAGAGGCCGGAGAAUGACCCAGAGAGAGCACAGUUGAUGGAGCAGCAGUUUGUGCAAGAGGUCAUGAUGUUGGCUACUCUGAAGCACCCAAAUAUAGUGAGAUUGGUUGGGGCAUGUAGGAAGCCUGUUGUGUGGUGCAUUGUUACCGAGUAUGCCAAGGGAGGGUCCGUGAGGCAGUUCUUGAUGAAGAGGCAAAACAGGUCGGUUCCACUUAGGCUGGCAGUACGGCAGGCUCUUGACGUUGCAAGGGGGAUGGCCUAUGUGCAUGGGCUAGGAUUUAUACACAGGGAUCUCAAGUCAGACAACCUUCUGAUAUUCACGGACAAAUCCAUAAAGAUUGCUGAUUUUGGAGUGGCUCGUAUUGAAGUGAAAACUGAAGGGAUGACACCAGAGACUGGAACGUACCGCUGGAUGGCUCCGCUAUAGGUGGGUAUUCUCUAUAAACAAGCAAGCUCAUAUUGGUUGUCUGAUUCAACUGCUUGAAAUACAGUGCUUAGUUUUCUUCAACCAGGUGAUGAUAGUCAAAAGAUUAAACUCCAAAUUUCAAAAUACUUGUAAUCUGUUCAAGUCAAUAUUAAUAUUACUCUCCUGGUUUAUAAAUUGAACUUACUUUUAGAAACAAUUUUUUAAGAAAGUGCAUAAUGAUCUCUGUCUUCUCUUUUAUUCUGAAAAUGAACUUGCUUGCAUAACUUCAAAAUUAAUGAAUGCAUGCCUAUAAGGCAAUUUCAAAGGAUUUCUUGUCAACUACAGAGUAACUGAUGCAAAUCAAAUUUUAAAAUAUCAUGUCUUUCCUUUUUUUGUCGCUGUUGGCUUCCAAUGUGAUGAGAUCACAUGCUUGUGAUAAUUAUGGAUUCACAAGUAUCAAAAGUUCAUUUGGCAAUAUCAUGUGACCUCUACAUGUUAGUUUAAAAAACAUCUAGCAUUUUCUUUGCGAGAUGAGCUGUGCACUGUCAUCUUCUCUUUGAGCAUUUUGUUGUGUCAUUGGAUCUUCGGUUGAAAUGCUUUGAUGCAAUUAUUUAUGAGGGAGGUAGGCCUCAUCCUAUGGCUUACUCCAAAAGUUGCAAGUCGUUGCCAUUAUUCAUCGAGUUACCUGGGAGCAAAGCAUAUGACAUUUUAUUCUUUAAAGUUAUCAAAUCAUAUGGUUGCUAUAUCACAAACAAUGAUCACAUUUGAAGAUUAAUAAUACCACAGGAUAUGCUUUUUAAGAUUGAAACAUACAUGAGUAUACUCCAUGCAUGUAUAUUAUGUGUCCAGUACAUUACAUGAAAUAGUUGCACUGGACUGCAUCAUUUUUUUCCUCUCACAGCUAGUCCUGCUUUGACAUCUCACCAGGAAAAAUGCAAGUAGGAUCUUGGCAUGACAGAGUACAUUUAUGUCGUGCCCAUCAGUGAAUGCGUAACCUUUGCACAUGAGACUUUUACUCUGUGGCCAUAUCAUAUCCAUGAUUUCUGUGAGCCCUUUUAUUGUAAAUUCUCUUCUUAAGAAUCUGUAGACUUGUACACUGUAUAUUAUAAACUUUAUUUCACAUGAUAAUCUGUUCUUUUAUAUCCCAGGUAUUCUCACAUAUGUGUUUAUUGGAAAUUCCUAGACUAAUGAUAUUGAUCCAUUAUGACAUAUAGCCAACAUUGACAUGAUUCAGUCUUUUUUUGAAGAUGCAUAUCUUUUUGAGAGUGACUGCUUCGCUCUCAUCCUCUGAAAGUUCAUUGUUCCUCGGUCACAACUGGUUGUUAUUUGCUACUUGAAAUUGUUAGCGUCAGGUUAGAUUUGGAACUUCUGUUUGUAGCCAAUUUAUGGACUGCCAUUAGCAUGAGCUAGCACAAAAUUUUUAUAUGCAAAGCUAUGCAUUUGCAGAUCAACCUCUUAGGAUGAUUCUACACCUGCGAUCACGCUUUCCUUUGGUUGUAGGAAUUAAUUAGCUUUCUGGUGCUGACGACAUUUGAUUUCAUUUAGCCUCUAUCUGAUGGAUUGGACAGUGUUUAGAAUUGAUUGGAUUGGAAACUUUAAAUUUUAUCAAUCAAGCAGAUUUCCAUAUCUUUUGCUUACAGUCUUGAGAAGAAGUUCAGCAGUUACAGAGAGUUCAUUUCUGAAGAACCGUAGCUACCAUAUUUUUCUUUUCAAGCUAUGAGAAAAUUUUGACAAUGCAGUUAGCUGGUAUUUUUAAGCAAACAAGAAUAAACACACUACACAAUACUUGAAUAUUAUUUUGUCAAAAUAUUAUAUUAUGUAUACUGCUCAUUCAAAAAAAUAUAGUUAACUGUGAUGAACUGCAUUAACCUCUCUCUGGAAUCGUGUGGAAUGCCUGACAUUUUUAUCCCAUCUCGACAAACCCUUGUUUUCUCCAAUAAAUAUAUCGAUGUACUAAGUUGGUGUUCUGAUCAUAAUAUGGCUAACUUAGUGCAGAUGAUUUGGUGCCUCAUUUGCUUAUUUAUCAGAUUCUUGACAUCAAUGCUUCACUAUAUAAUUGAAAUUUUGUUGCUUGCUUACGUUCCCAUAGAUUUUAUUAAAAGGAAGUUCAAACCUUUUUGGUAUAUGAUACAUUCGGCAAAAAGCUGUUAUUUGGUUGGUUGAGUAGAUAUGUAAACACAUACUACUGCACUAAAAUGGUCGUCAGCCAAGCAGGACUAAAAUUUUUUCUGCCUUUACUACUGUAACUCUUUUUUAUGUAUACGAGCAGAAAGUUCUUCAGACCAGGUACACUGUGUGUUGAUUCCUAAGUGAUCUUGGAAAGAAAUACUGACCUAUCAACUUCCGACACAUAAUUUCAUUAAUGUUUUCUUUUAACUAAAGAAUCUGUCAUGUUCUCUUCUACUUUGUUGGUAAGCAUUCACUGUGAAUUGGACUAACGAUGUUCCUU